AUGGAGGACGAUUUCGACGCAAGGAGCGAUGCAUUCAUGGCUUGGCUGAGGCAGUCUGGCGCAGAAAUCAGUGGAAAGAUUCAGCUGGCAGACCUCCGGACUCAGCAUGCUGGACGUGGUGUGGUCGCCCUCCAAGACAUCGCAGAAGACGAACCCCUCUUUGCAAUCCCCCGCUCCGCCAUCCUAACGUCCGCCACCUCCUCGCUCGCCCGCACUCACCCGUCCCUGCUCUCCGCCCUCCCCGACCCCUGGCUCGCCCUCAUCCUCGCCAUGCUCCACGAGCACCUCCUCGGCACCUCCUCGCGCUGGGCGCCUUACCUCGCCAUCCUCCCCACCGACUUCGACACGCUGAUGUUCUGGAGCGACGACGAGCUCGCCGAACUCCAAGCCAGCGCCGUGCGGCACAAGAUCGGGAAAGAGGCCGCAGAUGCCGCGUUCCGGGAGCACAUUCUUCCAGCCGUGCGGCAGCACAAGGACGUCUUCUUUGGUCCCACGACGGGAGCGCCGGAGCUGCCGGAUGCGGAGAUUCUGGCGCUGGCGCAUCGUAUGGGCAGCACCAUCAUGGCGUACGCGUUUGAUAUGGAGCCUGAAGGCGGUGAUACUGGCAAAGAGCUCGAUGAGGAGGGGUAUGCGAGCGAGGAGGACGAUGAGGCGCUGCCGAAAGGGAUGGUGCCGUUGGCGGAUAUGCUGAAUGCGGAUGCGGAUAGGAACAAUGCGAAGUUGUAUUACGGGACUGAUGUUGUGGAGAUGAAGGCGAUCAAGGCGAUCAAGGCUGGUGAGGAGAUUUUCAAUGAUUACGGCCCGUUGCCGAGGAGUGAUUUGUUAAGGAGGUAUGGGUAUGUGAGUGAGCGGUAUGCGCAGUGGGAUGUUGUGGAAGUACCGCGGGGUAUGGUCGUCGACGUCGCCAGGAUGGCGAACAAACUUGAUGACGCGGCUAUCGAGGAAAGGCUUUCCUACCUCGACGACCACGACAUCCUCGAAGAAGGCUACGAUAUCAUUAAUUGGACCACCCCAGACGCCCGCGAAGGCUUCUCGGAUGAGCUUGUCGCACUGGUCGCCACGCUCCUUCUGGAUGAUACCGAGUUUGCGCGGCUGAAGAAGAAGGAGAAGCUGCCCAAGACCGAGAAACUGAACCCUGAGAUCGCCAACGUGUUGAUGGAGGUUGUCAAGAGACGCGCAGCAGAGUAUCCAACUACCGUCGUCGAAGACGAAGGAACAGAUAUUGGCCUUUCCCACGAGGAGCUGCUGCAGACGCUGCGCAAUCGCUUCUUGAGACGGAAGGCCAUGGCUGUGCAAGUGCGGCUGGGCGAGAAGAAGGUCCUGCAGAAGGCUGAGGAGUUGCUCGGCGAAUACCUGCGAUCAAAUAACCGCACUGAAGCCGCGGCGAACAAGGCUCGGAUGGAUGAAGAGCGGCCAAGCAAGAAGAGGAAGGUCGCCUGA